UAUGAUUCUGUAUUGUGUGUUGAUAAUGCCGUUAUCAGCGAAAUUCCGAACAUUCAAGGUGUGUCAUCCGUGGAAAACUAUCCAGCAGCUGCCGUGGGACGAAAAUUCGACGAUUGCACCGGAUUACAACCCAUCCAGGUUAAGAAUUGAAAAGCGCGCGUCAUAUUAUCACCGACGGUGACGAGAUUUGAUACCGUUUCAGGUUACAAGACAAUACGAUAUAUCUGCUGCAUACUUGGGAGUUGUGAGUUGAGACGGCCAUCAAUCGUGUUGAAUAUCAUUGUACUUAGAAACGAUGCCGGAGACGUUCAAAUUGUCCGACUACGAUUGCGUCGGUUUCGACCUAGACAAUACAUUAUGCGAAUACCGCAUAGGGCCCAUGGUCCAGAUGAUUUAUGACGUACUGAUCGAUUACCUUAUAAAAAACUAUAAUUACUCGGACAAACAUCUGCGGCAGCCGAUAGAUUUUGAUUUUUUUCAGCGGGGUCUGUUUUUAGAUGCUGAAAAAGGUAACAUUUUAAAAAUCAACGGUACUGGUCAAAUACUAAGAGCAGCCCAUGGCACUAAUUUCAUGUCCGACGAAGAAAUUAUGUCCGUGUAUGGCCCGAACAGGACAUGGACGGUGACUGAUGUGUUUGUAGAAAACUUUUUAGAAACAUGGAACGGACCCAUGUCAGAAAAAAUCAGACCUCUUCUUGAUUUUUUUGACAUUCCCGUGUCACUUGUAUUUGGCCGUUGUAUAGACAGCAUUGAUAACAUAUCUCGCCCUCAAACCUAUAAUGUCUGGCCUGAUGUGUUAAAAGGCUUGAUCUAUAUGUACUCUAGGGAGAACUUUUCAGCAAAUACUGGCGAUUAUUUUCCAUACUUGAAAUCUACUCCCUCUUUAUAUUAUAAUAAAUGCCCAGACUAUGUGCUCAACUGGCUUAAAGAAUUAAAACAAACUAAAAAAGUUUUCUUGAUUUCGGGAUCACAUGUUGACUAUGCCAAUUUUACAGCUACACAGUCAUUAGGUGAAAAUUGGAAAGAACUAUUUGACAUAGCUGUUUUUUAUUCAAGAAAACCAGGAUUUUUCACUACGAAUAGACCAUUUUAUAACACAGAUUCUCAAAUGUUAAACGAAUGUGAUCUUGUGGACAACAUACAGUUUAACAAUAUUUAUAGUCAAGGUAAUUGGGAUCAGUUACAUGAAUUAUUAAAAAAAGAAACUGGGAAGUCUAACCCGAAGUGCUUGUAUGUUGGCGAUAAUAUACUGCAAGAUGUCGUAGCUCCUGCCAAGUUCUCUGGUCUAGAUACUAUAGCUGUUGUUGAGGAAAUGAAAUUAGAUUCAAAUGAUAAUGAUAUUAAUCCCGACAAUAACAUGUUAAGAACAAACAAAUGGAGUUCAUAUCUGGUCGACUGCGACAAAAAAGACACAUCCAUUUGGACUUCAUUCAUUGCGAAUCACGGAAAACUUUGUAUUCCAUCCAUAAAGAAUUUAGCAAAAAAGCCUAUAAAUUUUGAAUUUACACCAUUUACCAAAAAUAAAAUCACUUUUAAUGGUAAUGGAUUUUUCCCAUUUAUACCGAAUAGCUUAUACAAAAUUUUAAAGUAAUAAUGUAAAGACAUUAAUAAAUUUUUCUUACAA